CAGCCUUGACGUACCUCACGCUAUUGGCUAGCAAAAGCAUGCUGUCGAAUUACUUCCUGCUAAGCUUCACUACAGCAGAGAAGUAUGAUAUGAUGCGAGAGCUGCGUUGAACGUUCAUAAAAAUCUUCCACUGAAGGCACAGAUGUGGAGCAGAUUAUUGAAUCCUCGUGCAAUUGGUAGAGCAAGAUUGUGUUUGAGGAGUCUCUUCACGAUGCAGCUAAAGACCUGUGAGUUCCAGUCUCUGUUCAGUGAUGGACUGAAUGGACUAGCAGAGCUGUUUGAGAAGCACCAGCAUGAGCUGAGGAUAGCUGGAGGUGCUGUACGUGACCUGUUGUCCGGGAAGCGGCCUGAAGAUGUGGACUUUGCCACCACAGCCACUCCAGAGGAGAUGAAGCAAAUGUUCCAGAGUGCUGGGAUCAGGAUGAUCAAUAAUAAAGGAGAGAAGCAUGGGACCAUUACAGCAAGACUACACAACGAGAACUUUGAGGUGACCACGUUGCGAGUGGAUGUUCAGACAGAUGGACGUCAUGCAGAGGUGGAAUUUACCACUGACUGGAGGAAAGAUGCUGAGCGGAGGGACCUCACCAUCAAUUCCAUGUUUUUAGGGCUUGAUGGAACGUUGUAUGACUACUUCAAAGGAUAUGAAGACCUGCAGAACCGUAAAGUUCGGUUUGUUGGCAGUGCUGAACAAAGAAUCCAAGAGGACUACCUGAGAAUACUGCGCUAUUUCAGGUUCUACGGCAGAGUGGCAUUGGAGCCUGAUGACCAUGAGCCUGAGACUCUGGCUGCCAUUAAAGAAAAUGGCCGUGGACUGGCGGCCAUAUCAGGAGAACGAAUUUGGGUGGAAUUAAAAAAGAUGGUGGUUAAUAACCAUGCUGCUCAUCUGCUGGAGCUGAUCUACAGUCUGGAACUGGCCCAAUACAUAGGUUUGCCACCAGAUGGCAACAUUGAGGAGAUGAAGCGAGUGUGGCAGAAUGCAAAAGACCACUCUCCCAAACCCAUGACCAUCCUGGCAGCUCUUUUCCACUGCCCAGAGGAGAUAGAAAAGAUGGACAUUCGACUAAAGGUGUCCAAAGAGGAGAAGAAUCUGGCUCUGUUCCUCGUAAAACACAGACAGGAGCUCCUCAAGAGUCCAGACGAGUCGGACAGCCUCAAGCCCUUCACUGAUUAUAUCAUUGACAAUCGGGAUCUGGAUUCGCAGAGUAAAGUGUGUGAGCUGCUGAAGUAUCAAGGCGAGGAAAAGCUGCUGUCACAACUCCGCGCUUGGUCCAUCCCUCGCUUCCCCAUCAGUGGCCACGAUCUGAGGAGGAUGGGUGUCACGUCAGGCAAGGAGAUAGGUGCCACCUUACAGAAUCUCCGUGACAUCUGGAAGAAAAGUCAUUAUCAGAUGGACAAAGAUGAACUCCUCAGUUACGUAAAGCCUUGACUUAGUGGAAAAAGUGGGUUUUUGUGUGCCAGACGAUGAUGAUCUGGAAACCUGACAUUGGAAUUGUGCCACUCACGGGCACAUUUGAACUGACUAUAAGAACUAGGACGUGCAUGAAUGCAAUUUUAUUCUAAAUUACUCCAGAGCCACUUUUGUUCCUCCACUCCAUCGUGUAAACUAAAGAGGUAGUAGACAGUAGCAGCUCAUUUCACCACAUGUAUUUUAUUACAGAGUGCUGGUGUUUAUGAAAACCCGCUUGGGUAAGCUGUUCAUAUUAUGUCACUAGUUAGACUGAUGUGAUGAAACCAGAGGAAACACAAAGGCAGCACUCUGGGAUGAACGGAGGAAUAAAAGGUCCAAUCGGUAACUAUAGAAAAUGUUUGUUUUCAUCUGUAGAACAAUACUGGAAAACAGAAGUCUUGGUUUUCUCUUCAGUUUAAUGCAGUCAUGUCAUAUUUCUUUGCUAUGUUUUCCAUAAAAGAAAUGUUCUAUGAAAA